CGGAGCGCGUGCGGGGGGGCAGGUCUGCAGUGCUGCUUCCCCUGGUAGAGGAGCAGUCGCUGCUGCCGCCUCAGCCCUGCGGCUGGACCCCCUCCCUCACCCGGGGACUCCCUGACCCCGGGAACCCAGCUCAGGUCUCCAGAGGCUCCUGGAGGAGAAGUAGGCAGCCCUCCCUGAGAUAUCUUGGCUCCUCAGUUUAGCCUCUCCAAUCCAGCUCCCCCUUCCCAUCCCACCCCCCUGCUUCCUCGGUCCCUCCCCUACUCCCCCUAUUGAACUGGGUGCAGAACCAAACUCUCCCCUUCCUUCACCUUUGACGUCACUGGCCAGGCCCUACUUCCUCUUGUUCUGAGCCCAAAGAUACCAGAUCACAUUUCUUCUGGGGAGAGGGUCUUCUUGACCCCUCAAGUCGUUGAACAAAAGGCUGUAAAAGAAGCCACGAGGGAGGUAGAUCAAGUGAGGCGCGCCCAAGCCCCAUCAUGGAAGAAGGCUUCCGAGAUCGGGCAGCGUUCAUCCGUGGGGCCAAAGACAUCGCCAAAGAAGUCAAGAAGCACGCGACCAAGAAGGUGGUGAAGGGCCUGGACAGGGUCCAGGAUGAGUAUUCUCGAAGGUCUUACUCCCGAUUCGAGGAGGAAGAUGAUGAUGAUGACUUCCCUGCCCCUGCUGAUGGCUAUUACCGCGGAGAAGGGGCCCAGGAUGAGGAGGAAGGCGGCGCUUCCAGUGAUGCCACCGAGGGCCAUGAUGAGGAUGAUGAGAUCUACGAGGGGGAAUAUCAGGGCAUUCCCAGGGCAGAGUCUGGGGGCAAAGGCGAACGGAUGGCAGACGGGGCACCCUUGGCUGGAGUGAGAGGGGGCUUAAGUGAUGGGGAGGGUCCUCCUGGGGGUCGCGGGGAGGCCCAGCGGCGGAAAGACCGGGAAGAACUUGCUCAGCAGUAUGAAACCAUCCUCCGGGAGUGUGGCCAUGGCCGCUUUCAGUGGACACUCUACUUCGUGCUGGGUCUGGCGCUGAUGGCAGAUGGCGUCGAGGUCUUUGUGGUGGGCUUCGUGCUGCCCAGUGCUGAGAAAGAUAUGUGCCUGUCUGACUCCAACAAAGGCAUGCUAGGUCUCAUCGUGUACCUAGGCAUGAUGGUGGGAGCCUUCCUCUGGGGCGGCCUGGCUGACCGGCUGGGUCGGAGGCAGUGUCUGCUCAUCUCGCUCUCAGUCAACAGUGUCUUCGCCUUCUUCUCGUCCUUCGUCCAGGGUUACGGCACUUUCCUCUUCUGCCGGCUCCUUUCUGGGGUUGGGAUUGGCGGUUCCAUCCCCAUUGUCUUCUCCUAUUUUUCGGAGUUUCUGGCCCAGGAGAAACGUGGGGAACAUUUGAGCUGGCUCUGCAUGUUCUGGAUGAUCGGUGGAGUGUAUGCGGCUGCGAUGGCCUGGGCCAUCAUCCCCCACUAUGGGUGGAGUUUCCAGAUGGGCUCGGCUUACCAGUUCCACAGCUGGAGGGUCUUCGUCCUCGUCUGUGCCUUUCCCUCUGUGUUUGCCAUCGGGGCUCUGACUACGCAGCCAGAGAGUCCCCGCUUCUUCCUAGAGAACGGGAAGCAUGACGAGGCCUGGAUGGUACUGAAGCAGGUUCACGACACCAACAUGCGAGCCAAGGGCCAUCCCGAGCGGGUCUUCUCAGUCACCCACAUUAAAACGAUCCAUCAGGAGGACGAAUUGAUUGAGAUUCAGUCUGACACAGGGACCUGGUACCAGCGCUGGGGAGUCCGGGCUUUGAGCCUGGGGGGUCAGGUGUGGGGAAACUUCCUGUCCUGCUUCAGUCCGGAGUACCGGCGGAUCACGCUGAUGAUGAUGGGUGUGUGGUUCACCAUGUCCUUCAGCUACUACGGUCUGACUGUCUGGUUCCCUGACAUGAUCCGCCAUCUCCAGGCUGUGGACUAUGCAGCUCGAACCAAAGUGUUUCCAGGGGAGCGCGUCGAGCACGUGACAUUUAACUUCACGCUGGAGAACCAGAUCCACCGAGGGGGGCAGUACUUCAAUGACAAGUUCAUCGGGCUGCGUCUGAAGUCAGUGUCCUUUGAGGAUUCCCUAUUUGAGGAGUGUUACUUCGAAGACGUCACGUCCAGCAACACAUUUUUCCGCAACUGCACGUUCAUCAACACCGUGUUCUAUAACACUGACCUAUUUAAGUACAAGUUCGUGAACAGUCGUCUGGUGAACAGUACAUUCCUGCACAAUAAGGAAGGUUGCCCACUCGAUGUGACAGGAACGGGUGAAGGUGCCUACAUGGUGUACUUUGUUAGCUUCUUGGGGACGUUGGCUGUGCUUCCUGGCAAUAUCGUGUCUGCCCUACUCAUGGACAAGAUUGGCAGGCUCAGAAUGCUUGCCGGUUCCAGUGUGAUGUCCUGUGUUUCCUGCUUCUUCCUAUCUUUUGGGAACAGCGAGUCAGCCAUGAUCGCUCUGCUCUGCCUUUUUGGGGGGGUCAGCAUUGCAUCCUGGAAUGCGCUGGACGUGUUGACUGUUGAACUCUACCCUUCGGACAAGAGGACCACCGCCUUUGGCUUCCUCAAUGCCCUGUGCAAGCUGGCAGCAGUUCUGGGGAUCAGCAUCUUCACAUCCUUUGUGGGAAUCACCAAGGCUGCUCCUAUCCUCUUUGCCUCUGCUGCCCUUGCCCUUGGUAGCUCUCUGGCCCUGAAGCUGCCGGAGACCCGGGGGCAGGUACUGCAGUGAGGAGAGGGCUCAGGACUUUAGGGACGGCAGGCACACUGUGAGACCAAUAAUUCCUUUGAUCCCUUCCCCUGCCCUGCCGUCCUGGUCCUCACUCCCCUGUGUUUGGUGUCUUAGCUGUGUGUGCCAGUGUGCAUGUGUGUGACCCUGAUGGGCAGGGACUACAGGGAAGGUCCCUUCAUCCCACUUUUGGGAGGAGGCACCCCCCACACCUGCUGCCACCCUUGACUUUGCACCGGAGAAGGUUGGGUUGCAUCCUUCUCUCCCCCAGUGUUAGUGGGGAGCCCUUGUUUCCCUGCUCCAGGGGUUCCAGAACUUCUGCCUUCCCCUUCAUCCCCUCUGCCUAGGCCCUGGUGAACCACAGGUAUGGAGUUAUGUUGGGGGCUGAGGCUUGGACCAAAAGAACCUUCUUGAGUGGGAGGGCCUUGGGUGCUGUCUAACCUCCCAAGGACGCUGGGGCGUAGCAAUAAACCUCAGCCCUCUGACCUCCAUUUUCACCUCAAUUCAGGCUACAAAUGUGAAGCUUGGAUUUUACGGAAUUAGUUUUCUGAUUCUUAUUUAUAUAUAAGUUCUGAGGCAGCUUAGCAGGACUCUGUAUGUGUGUAUAUAUAUGUGUGUGUGUGUGUGUGUGUAUGUGUGUGUGAAUGUGUGUGUGUAUGCCAUGGGGCAGGGGUACCACUAUACUGUUCACAUAUAAGCCAAGGGUGGUAGUGUUAGUGAACACACACACACACACAACACUGUUCUUCUCUAUUACCUCCCAGAGUCUUCUGUGUUGGAGCUGGGGGGUGGGGGUGGGGAGGGAGAAGCACUAGCCAGGCCAGGAUGAGAGACCUGCGAUCUAGGGAGACCUGGGGGCAUCUGACAAGGCCUCACUCUCCUUCCUUCUCUAGAGAGGUUUCAGCCACUAGCCACAGCCCUCCCACCUGACCUGUCCUCUUAGGCAGGGGACCAGAGGAAAGAAAGGGAAAAUAACCAGGCAUAAGGUCAAACCAGCAGAUCCAAAAGCACAAGGAGUUGGGGCAGGGGCAGGAAAGAGGGGUCCUCCCCUCGACCCUUCUUAAAGAGGUUGGGCAGUGAGGGACCCCUAAUGCAGGGACCAGAAGCCUCAGUUUCCCCAUCUCGCCCUUCCACAGAACAGCCUCCUCCCUACCCCGUGGCUGCUUUCUUUGGUACCCCCUUUCCCACGCCCCCUCUGUGGCUGUGCUGUGUUCGAGUUUUUAGCUGUUUGUACAACGUUGAAAAAGCUAACAGGAAGUUAAAAUAACCACAACAAAGAAAAUCCAAACUCGCCCUCCUCACGCUUCGUCUGGUGCCCUCGCCCCCAAGGCCAUUCCCUGAUUUUGUAACACUGAACCAGGUGGUGACUGUUUAACUCUGGUGUUUGCUCAGAGGACUGCCUUCUUCCUCCAGUGCCCAGUGUACGUGUGCCCCUUCUCUCACCAUUCCGUUGCUGGACGGUAGCCCUCUCCCGUACAGCCCCAGGGGAGACACAUCCACUUUCUCGUUUCCUGGGGAACCCUAAACCUGAUUCAUUGAUGUGAAAAAUGAAAUGAAAAAUACUGCUGAAAAAUAAAGGGUACAAAUCCUUAA